AUGGAUGAAGAUGAGACUACAGAGCAGUCACCAUACGAGAUGGUUGCGGUAGCUGUGUCAAAUACAGAUAAUCCAGAUCUCCCAUGCCUUACAUUCCGCUCGCUUUUCUUGGGAGUGGAAUUCACAGUCUUAUUGGCCUUUGUCAACCAGUUCUUCUUCUUCCGUGAAAACCCCAUCACUCUGGGUGGCUAUGUCGUGCAGCUGCUGUCGUUCCCGCUGGGCUUUGCCAUGUCCAAGGUGCUGCCGACGCGCAAGUUCCGCACAUUCGGCUUCGAGUGGACCAUGAACCCGGGCAAGUUCAACAUCAAGGAGCAUGUGCUCAUCUCCAUCUUUGCCGGCACGUCGGUGGGUGUUGCCUACGCCAUCGAUGUCGUGACCAUCAAGAAGAUGUGGUACAACUCCGAUAUGGGCUUCGGUCCCAGUGUGCUGUUCCUGCUGUCGUCGCAGGUCAUGGGCUACUCGUUUGCCGGCCUGUCGCGCGAGUUCCUGGUCUACCCCUCCGCUAUGAUCUGGCCGGCCACGCUGGUGUCGGUGACCCUGUUCCGUACCUUCCACGAGCACUCGGUCUGGAACGGCUGGUCGCGCACGCGCAUGUUCUGGGUCUGCUUCGCUGCCAGCUUUGCGUGGUACUGGGUCCCCGGCACCAUCUUCCCGACGCUGUCGAUGAUUGCGAUUCUGUGCUUUGCUGCCCCCAACAACGUCAUUGCGCAGCAGAUUGGUGACGCGCCCCACGGUCUGGGCAUCCUCAACCUCACGCUGGACUGGAGCUACAUCUCGUCGGGUUUCACGGGCUCGCCCAUCGCCAUCCCGUGGGUCAUGGCUGCCAACGUGUUUGCCGGCUUCGUCAUCAUCAUGUGGAUCAUCACCCCGAUCGGCUACUACACCAACACCUGGGGCCACGGCAUCUACCCGAUCUACACCGCGUCGCUGUACCUGCCGGACGGCGGCCGGUAUAACAUCAGCGAGGUCAUGACACCUGACCAGAACUUGGACCCCGUCAAGUACGAGGAGUACGGCCACCUGCGCAUGUCGUUCCACUUUGGUCUGACCUACGGCAUUGGCUUCGCUGGCCUGAUGACUGUGCUGUCAUACAUUGCUCUGCACCACGGCAAGGACAUUGUGCAGCGCGUGCGCCAGUCGCGCUCGAUGGACGACGACAUCCACGCCAAGCUUAUGCGCCGCUACCCCGAGGUCCCGCAGUGGUGGUACCUGGUCACCUUUGCCAUCACCUUCGCCAUGUCGAUCAUUGUGUGCGAGGUGUGGAACCUCAUGAACUGGUACUGGGUCAUUCUCAGUGUCGUGCUGCCCUUCAUCUUCACCAUCCCGAUUGGCAUCAUCCAGGCGCUCAGCAACCAGCAGCCAGGCCUCAACAUCAUCACCGAGUUCAUCAUCGGCUACGGCCGGGUUGGCGACCCCAUCGCCAACGUCACCUUCAAGGUGUACGGCUACAUCACCAUGGCCCAGGCGCUGCUGCUCGUCUCGGACCAGAAGCUCGGCCACUACAUGAAGAUCCCGCCCCGCACGCUGUUCAUUGCCCAGCUGGUGGGCACCAUCAUCUGCGCCUUUGUGCAGCUGGGUGUCGCGUACUGGCUCAUGAACACAGUCGAGAACAUGUGCAAACCCGAGGGCCGCCCGUGGACGUGUAUCCAGGCCAACACCUUCUACUCGGCGUCGGUCAUCUGGGGUCUGGUUGGCCCGGGCCGCAUGUUCGGCAGCGACAGCCCCUACCACGUCGGCCUCUACCUGUUCAUUGUCGGCGUGUUCCUGCCUGUGCCGUUCUGGUACCUGCAGAAGCGCUACCCGAACAGCCUGUGGAAGCACGUCCACAUCCCGCUGCUGUUCUCGGCCUCGGGCUACAUGCCGCCGGCGCCGUCGCACAUCUACGUCAACUGGUUCAUUGCCUGCACUAUCUUCAACUACUUCAUCCACAAGUACCGCAACCAGUGGUGGCAGCGCUAUGCGUUCUCGCUGUCGGCCGGCCUUGACUGCGGUCUUGCGAUCUCGGGCAUCAUUAUCUUCUUUGCGCUCCAGAACGUGGUAAUUCCGACCUGGUGGGGCAACCCCGAGUCUGGCACGCACUGCCCGCUGGCGAACACUGGAUUCAAGCCUCUUCCGGAGCCCAUCGCUUAG